AUGGGAAAUUGUUGCAAAAGUUCAAUUCCAUCGGAUAAUCGCAGAAAGACAAAACGACACUUUGAGGAUGGCAUACGAGAAGUGGAUUUUGUUAUAGGUUUUAAUCAUUUUGAUAUUCAAUUUGAUCAUGUUAAGAAACGUCACAUAUUUGAAAGAAAUCUAGUUAAAGAGGGCUUGCAAAUGGAACUGGAUUUUAGUCAAUGUAUCCACUUUAUAAAAAUUCAUGCUCCCAUAGAGGUUUUGUAUCGUUAUGCAGAAAUACUUAAGAUUAAAAUGCCAAUGAAAAAGCUUCCUGGCCAAGAACAUCUUUACGAUGAUCCUUAUGAAAAGUCCAUAAGUUUUGAACAAAUUCAUAUGCAAAAAGAUGACAAAAUGCCCAACUGCUUUGGAAGAAUAUGUAAACCAUUACAUAGAUGUAUUAAAUUAAGUUCAGAAAAGUUUCCAAUUAAAGAAAAGCGUAUUUAUUCGGAAUUUCAAGUCAACCAUAAGAGUUUAUAUGACAACCAUCAAUCGAGUUUCUUUGAUGCUGGGACAAGAAACAGUAUUGUCUAUUUCAUAUUGGAACGUUUGCAUUUUAGUGAUGAUGAAGAUACACCGGAUAAUGUGGGCAUCGAAAAAUUGCUUUCAGAGGGAGCCUAUGUGUGUGCCUAUACAUUACAUGAAGAAACUCAUCGUCACUUAUUAUUAACUGAAUGGGCUACCAUGAAGCGUUUGUUGCACACUCAACCUUUGGACCAUAUUAAAGAGUAUUUUGGUGCCAAAGUAGCCAUUUAUUUUGCCUGGCUAGGUUUCUACACUAAUAUGCUGAUGCCUCUUAGUAUUUUUGGUUUAUUAUAUUUAUUGUUUGGUUUCUUAACCAGGACUUGGGAUACAGUUAGUAAAGAGAUUUGUGAUCACAAAUCAUCGAUAAUAAUGUGUCCUUCAUGUGAUCGCCAGUGUGAUUACUGGGAGCUUAAGGAGAUCUGUAUAGCAUCAAAAGUCAAUCACUUGAUUGAUAAUUAUGGUACGGUGGUUUAUGCUUUCGUGACAUCCAUAUGGGCUGUUUUAUUUCUAGAACUGUGGAAACGUUAUGCCGCCAAAAUAGUUCAUAAGUGGGGUCUCACGGGCUACACUCAAGAAUUAGAACAUGCUCGACCACAAUAUUUGGCCAAAUUGAAAAAGAGUAAAAAAUUGUCAGCAAAAUUGAAUCAACCGAAUUGUUUCUUUGAACCGGAUGUACCCUUCUGGUUUACAAAGUGUUUUCCAAGUGUCACUAGUUACAGUAUAUUGUUGUUAUUUAUUUGCAUAACCCUAAUGGUAACCACCUCCAUGAUAGUUUAUCGUAUGGCCCAACGAGCAGCCCAAAAUAUUGUGGGCAGUGAAACACCAGUUGUCUAUACCGUAUUCUACUUUCCCAUGGCCUCAACAGUUAUCGAACUUAUCAUAAUAACGGCCUUAGCCAAUAUAUACAAUUCGCUGGCCGUUGUCCUAACCAACUGGGAGUACUGUCGCACACAAAAAGAAUUCGAUGAAAGUGUAACCACUAAAAACUUUAUAUUCCAUUUUGUAAACUACUAUUCCUCCCUCUGCUAUAUAGCCUUCAUCAAAGGCAAGCUGGUGGGUUAUCCGGGUAAAUAUAAUAGAUUUUUUGGUUGGCGCCGCGAGGAAUGUCAUCAUGGUGGUUGUUUGCUGGAGCUAAGCAUACAGCUGGUUAUAAUAAUGUUGGGUAAACAGGUGUUUUUUGGUUUAAUGGAAAUGUUAAUGCCGCCCUUGAAAAUUCUUAUGGGAUUGGUUAGCUGGAGGAAAGGAGAGCAAUUGCAAAAGAAUAAUCAAUGGGCAAAGGAUUAUUAUUUAUUGAACUGGUCUAACAAUAUGAUGUAUUUGGAGUAUUUGGAAAUGGUUAUACAAUAUGGUUUUGUUACCUUAUUUGGUUUGGCUUUUCCUUUGGCUCCUCUUUUGGCCUUAAUAAAUAAUCUUCUUGAGUUGCGCUUGGAUGCCUACAAAAUGCUUAAGUUCAUACAAAGACCUGUGGCUCAGAGAGCUUGUGACAUUGGGGUAUGGCUGGGUUUUCUAAAUAUGAUAACCAAACUAGCGGUGGCUUCCUGUGCGGUUCUAAUAGCCUUUUCCACCAACUUUAUAACCAAACUUUUCUACAUAUCGAGCAUUAGUAAAGAGGGCAGUUUAAGGGGUUAUACCGAUUUUGUGUUGUCUCAUUUUAAUACUAAAGAUUUUGAAAAACAACCUUUGUUUACCAACGAAUCGGAGUAUUCAAAUGUGGAAAUUUGCAGAUAUUGGGAUUUUCGUAAUCCUCCUUGGACGGACAAGGCUUUUGAAAGGCCCAUGGUGUAUUGUCAGAUAUUGGUGGCGAAGUUGGUGUUUAUUGUGUUGUAUCAGAAUUUUAUUGGUUUAAUGCAAUCCAUUAUCGCCUGGUCGAUUCCAGAUGUACCACGCGAUUUACAAAAACGUAUUGAUCGCGAAAACUAUUUGCUGCGUGAAUUCAUUAUAGAGUAUGAAAAGUUAUUGGCCUUGGAGCAGAAAUAUGAAUUGGAAUCAUCGGUGUAAUUUGCAAUGCUUAUUAUUUUUACUAUAUUUAAAUAUAUUA